AGUUGUCAACCGAUACUUCCGUUACUGCAAUCUUGUUCAGACAACUAUUCGGCUUCAGUUAGCUGAAAUUGCUGUGCGGCAACUGCUGUAUUUGUUGCAAAUUAGUGUCUGCUUCGUGUGUGGAGUGAUAAUUUAAUAAUAUUUAAUCAAAAUGAGCUGGCAGGAUUACGUAGAUAAGCAACUCUUGGCUUCAAGAUGUGUAACAAAAGCCGCCAUCGCAGGACAUGAUGGAAAUAUUUGGGCCAAAUCGGAAGGAUUCGACGUUUCAAAAGAAGAAUUAGCCAAAUUGGUACAAGGUUUCGAAAAACAAGAUAUUCUUACGUCGUCCGGUGUCACCUUAGCCGGUAACCGAUACAUAUAUCUUUCCGGGACGGAGCGCGUUAUUAGGGCCAAAUUGGGAAAGGUUGGAGUCCAUUGCAUGAAGACGACACAAGCCGUUGUAGUAUCCCUUUAUGAAGAUCCCAUUCAGCCUCAACAAGCGGCGUCGGUUGUAGAAAAGCUAGGUGAUUACUUAAUUACCUGCGGAUACUAGAGAUAGUGUGGGCCGCUGCAAGACAGCAAUUGCCAUGCGGCGACUAUUAUAAUAUUACAAAAGUUGUAUUUUUUUCAUUAACAGCGAACAGCAAUGUGUAUAUUUGAGUGCAUCAACAAGUCUAAGUAUAAGUCUUACAAUUCACUAUAGGAACGGUUGAUUUCCUUUGAAGAUUCAUUAUACGAGAGUAAUUUCGAUCAUUGAUUUUAAUUUUCAUUGUUCUCAUGUAGGUUAUUUUAUAAGCAUUCGAUGAAAACAACAGUGAAAAAGCAACACGUUCCUUUUGUUAUUUUUUUGUAGUUAUUUAAUUUUGGCUUCGAUGCAGUGCUUAUAAGGUAGUCUACUUUGAUUUAUUUAUGAUUUUUUAGACUGUGGUCAAAUAAAUACUGAUCAUUGUUUUUAGGGAUAUUUAGGAUACUUUCUUAAGUUGGACUUGGUUUCUCAGAUAUAUUCCGUUUCGAUGCGGAGUAUUUUUGAAAAACUCUGUCAGUAUUUUUUAAUUAUUUAAAAUAAGCAUUUCGUGUUAGCUUUUCUUAUACCAUUGCUAUCUCUAAAUAUUUGAUACUGAGAAAUUACAGUUAGGGUUUUUUAAUAAAAAAAUCUCUAGUCCCGCU